CAUCUAUAAAUUUCAUGGAUGUCUUCGGCCUUUUCACUUGCCAAAUUGAAACAAACACAACUUAACACAAGCCAUCAAUCAAGGCCACCCAGCCAUUCAUUGAUAUUUACAUGUUCAGGCCGCUUUAUCUCUCGUGAUUUGCUCGUGACGCCGUGACGAAUGCCAGGCAGAGGAGAGGAGAGGAAUGAGAGGAAAGGAGAAUCGUCCUCCUCUUCUUCCUCAUCGGAGGGGGAGGAGUACGAGGUUGACGAUCUGAGAGACAGAAUUAAGUCGUCGAGAGGCAGCAGAUUCGAUCUCAUCGAGAACGAGUUCGGUCUCAAGGCUACAUGGAGGAAAUUCAGUACUCAGAGCGUCGUCAACAGCCUCAAGGACCUCUCCGGCCUCAUCAUCUACCCCGACAACUGGUGGUAUCGGGCAUGGACGAAGUUCAUAUUGAUAUGGGCAAUAUACUCGUCUUUCUUGACGCCCAUGGAGUUCGGCUUCUUCACGAAAUUGCCUGAUAAUCUUUUUAUACUGGACAUUGCAACCCAAUUCGUUUUCUUUGUCGACAUUGUUUUGCAGUUUUUUGUUGCCUAUAGAGAUAAGCAGACCUACCGUAUGAUUACUAAGCGUAAAUCUAUUGCUCUAAGGUACUUGAAGUCAAGUUUUAUUAUUGAUUUACUUGGUUGUAUGCCUUGGGAAGCUCUAUACAGGGCUUCUGCAAGGUCAGAAGUGAGAUAUCUUUAUUGGAUUAGGCUUUAUAGAGUGCGAAAAGUCGCAGAAUUUUUUCAACACAUGGAGAAGGAUAUACGAAUCAAUUACUUGUUUACCAGGAUAGUAAAGCUUAUUGCCGUCGAACUGUAUUGCACACAUACAGCUGCCUGUAUCUUUUACUUCUUGGCUACCACUUUGCCUGAAUCUGAAGAAGGCUACACAUGGAUUGGAAGUCUAAAACUGGGUGACUAUAGCUACUCAAGCUUUAGGGACAUUGAUAUGUGGAAGAGGUAUACAACGUCCUUAUAUUUUGCCAUUGUCACCAUGGCAACUGUGGGUUACGGUGAUAUACAUGCAGUUAAUAUGAGGGAAAUGGUGUUCAUUAUGGCUUAUGUGUCUUUUGACAUGAUUCUUGGAGCUUACCUGAUUGGUAACAUGACAGCAUUAAUUGUAAAGGGAUCAAAGACAGAAAGGUUUAGAGAUAAAAUGACAGAUGUGAUCAAAUAUAUGAACAGAAAUAGACUUGGCAGGGGCAUCCGUAAUCAGAUCAAAGGCCAUUUACGUUUGCAAUAUGAAAGUAGCUACACCGAGGCUUCUGUUCUUCAGGAUAUUCCUGUCUCCAUUCGUGCUAAGAUUUCCCAAACUCUAUAUAUGUCUUACAUUGAAAAGGUCUUUCUCUUUAAGGGAUGUUCGACAGAGUUCAUCAAUCAGAUUGUUAUUAGACUUCAUGAAGAGUUUUUCCUCCCAGGAGAAGUGAUAAUGGAACAGGGAAGUGUUGUGGAUCAGCUUUAUUUUGUCUGCCAUGGUACCCUGGAAGAAGUAGGCAUAGGACAAGAUGGAUCAGAAGAGAGUUUUUCAACACUUGAAUUGUACAGCUCUUUUGGUGAAAUUUCCAUCCUUUGUAACAUUGCUCAACCUUACACAGUCCGAGUUCGUGAACUAUGCAGACUUCUACGGAUUGAUAAACAGUCUUUCACCAAUAUCCUUGAAAUAUUUUUUAGCGAUGGGCGGAAAAUACUAAACAAUCUUCUAGAGGGGAAAGAGUCGUACCGAGUUAAGCAAUUAGAAUCAGACAUCACAUUUCAUAUUGGAAAGCAAGAAGCAGAGCUUGCGUUGAGGGUGAACAGUGCUGCGUAUCAUGGAGAUAUUAAUCAACUAAAAGGUUUGAUUCGGGCUGGAGCUGAUCCUAACAAGACAGAUUAUGAUGGAAGAUCACCUUUGCAUCUUGCAGCGGCAAGAGGAUAUGAAGAUAUUGUGCAGUUUCUGAUUCAAGGCGGUGUAGAAAUUAACAUCAAAGAUAAAUUUGGCAACUCUCCGUUACUAGAAGCCACGAAGAAUGGACAUGAUCGAGUUGCUUCUUUACUCAGUAAUGAAGGGGCCUCCUUGCUGAUAGAUGAUGCGGGUAGCUUUUUGUGCACCGCUGUUGCGAAGGGGGAUUACGAUUUUGUUAAAAGGAUGUUGUCCAAUGGAGUUGAUCCCAAUUCCAGAGACUAUGAUCAUCGAACACCACUUCACAUCGCUGCCUCUCAAGGAUUGUAUUUGAUGGUAAAGUUGCUUUUAGAAUCUGAGGCUAGUGUGUCCACAAGGGACAGAUGGGGAAACACACCACUUGAUGAAGGCCGGAUGGGUGGAAGCAAGAACUUGAUCAAGAUCCUGGAAGAUGCAAAAUCUGCUCAAUCAUCCGAAUUUCCUUUUAAUGCUAAAGACCAUACAGAGAAAAAGCAAGCGAACAAAUGUACAGUGUACCCUUUUCAUCCAUGGAGUCCUGAAGCAGAGAGAAGAAUCGGAGUAAUGUUAUGGAUCCCCUCAACUAUCGACGAGCUAAUCAGGACAGCAGCUGAACAGCUUCAACUAUUGAGCGCUUCCUGUAUACUAUCUGAGGAUGCGGGUAAAAUUCUCGAUGCAGGUAUGAUUUAUGAUGGCCAAAAGUUGUAUUUAGUCAGUGAAACUGAAACACAUUGAAUUAUUUGAACCACUUUUUAGCUGUUGUAAAUUAGUAAAACAUUUUAGCAUAGCCUGUAUUCUAUCUGUUUUGUGCAAUGAAGCUUACUUAUAAGCAA